CAGAGUAGACAUAGACGUUCAUUUAAUUGUUUGGUAGACUCUUUAAGAAUCUCAGGUGUAUCUCUUUAGUUUGAAGGUUAGAUUCAGAAUCUGUUAGGUUCAGCAGCUUUUUCUCCUCAUUCUCUUUGUGAUCUUUGAGCUACUCCUCUUGUGUAUAUAGUUUUAGCUGUAUAUAAAUGAAGAAGCAGAUUAUGGAUGAGUCUGAGAAUUUGUGUUUCAAGAAGUCACUGAUGUCGCCUCCUCCUCCUCCACCGCUUCCUCCAUCUCCAGGAUAUGGAUCAAGAAAGAUCGAUGGAGACAGCAUAACCAAUAUACAGAUCAAGAAGUUCUGGAGGCAGAAGCAGAUCAUUGAAGAGGAGCAUCUCUUUGCUGCUAUUAAGGCUGCAUCUCGUGUUAGAGCCCGCAAUCUCUCUGAUGAGGACUACAAACGCUUUGAAGAAAGCUUAGACAUGGAAGACUCUGAAAUUGAAGCUCAAGAGGGAAUUAAAGACUGGUGGAUGAAGAGCAAGUAUGCCUACUUGAACCAGCCUGCUCUUGGAUCUUCUGAUUCACUGAAGAGAAAAAGGUUUUCGUCUUAUGUACCAAACUAUUUCUCCUUCAAGCCUUGCAUUCCUCUCUAUGCAACGUCGCUCAAUGUCUUUUAGAUAUGAGCAAAUUCUCUUUCAAGAUCAAUUGUCUUGUGUAUAUAUGUCUACAUAUAUGUGUGUUUGUGUCUAUGUACAUUCAUGUGUUACUGUUCCCAUGUUAAUGGAUAUGGACUUUAUUGUGUGAUUGUUGAUUUGUAACUAUUGAAUAAAAUUCAAUAUUAGUAUGGAACAUUAAUUUC